UUCUUCCAAGCCAUCCGCCAAAACCCUAAGGGUUGCCCUAAUUUCUUUGAUUCACGCAUAAACCCUUCUCUCUGUAUUCGUCUCCCUCCGAUUGAAGUUUCUGCUUCUUUGUACAUGAUACGAACCGUUCGUCCACAAUUCAUUCUUUCUGGCUUACUUGCUCUACAUUUUCAUGCUGCUGUAGUUUAGGUGAGAAGGGUGUUCUUUUUUCAGUCUAAGCAUGGGAGAACCUAAUUCUUUGAGUUUAACAAGGACCUUCCUGGUUAAACCAAAGCUUAAAGCUAAAGCCAGGACACCCAAAGAAACUCCAGAAUCAAAAUAUUGGUCCUCCUUUAAGCGUCAUGAGAUCCCGAACCUUGUUUCAUCCAUAUCCUCUGUUUCCUUCUGUCCGACGAAUCCUUCCAUUUUCUCUGCUAGCCACUCGACCUCUCUGACUCUUUUUAGCACGGAAACCAUGGCCCCUACCUCUGCAAUUACAUCUUUUCGAGAUGUUGUAUCUUGUGCUUCGUUUCGUUGUGAUGGCCUCCUCAUUGCUGCCUCAGACCUUUCAGGGCUUGUCCAAGUCUUUGAUGUUAAAUCUCGAACCCCGCUUCGAAAGCUUCGUUCCCAUUUGCGCCCAGUUCAUUUUGUCCAGUACCCGGUUCUCGAUAAGCUCCACCUAGUAUCUGGUGGGGAUGAUGCAGUUGUUAAGUAUUGGGAUGUGGCGAGUCAGACUCCGCUUUUGGAUUUUUUGGGCCAUAAGGACUAUGUUAGAAGUGGAGCAUGCUCUCCAUCUAGCAUGGACAUGUUUGUCACUGGGUCGUAUGAUCACACUGUGAAGCUUUGGGAUGCUAGAACGAAUUCAAAAUCGGUUCUGGAAGUAAAUCACGGGAAACCGGUGGAGGAUGUGAUUUUCUUACCGUCAGGUGGACUAGUUGCUACUGCUGGGGGUAAUUCUGUGAAAAUUUGGGAUGUGAUUGGAGGUGGGAAGAUGGUGGGCUCUAUGGAGAGUCAUAAUAAGACUGUUACUUCACUAUGUGUUGGGAAAUUGGGCAAGGAUAGCGGAGAAGAAUCAGAUCAAUUUAGAAUCUUGAGUGUAGCUCUGGAUGGGUAUAUGAAGGUGUUUGAUUAUUCAAAAAUGAAAGUUACUCAUUCAAUGAGAUUCCCAACACCUCUUAUGUCAGUUGGGUUUUCUCCUGACUGUAGUAGUAGAGUUAUAGGGACUUCAAAUGGGAUCUUGUAUGCUGGCAAGAGGAAGACUAAGGGAAUUACGUCGAGUAAUUUGUCGAACCCUUGGAGUCUCGGAUCAGUUGGGGAACCUCAAAGGCGAGCCUUGAGGCCUUCUCACUUUCGAUACUUUCAUCGUGGUCAAGGGGAGAAGCCAACUGAAGGAGAUUACCUAGUCAUGAAACCCAAAAAGGUGAAGUUGACAGAGCACGAUAAACUCUUGAAGAAGUUCAGGCACAAGGAUGCUCUAGUAUCGGUGUUAGCGAGUAAGAACCCGGAGAAUGUGGUGGCUGUAAUGGAGGAAUUGGUAGCAAGAAAGAAGCUGUUGAAAUGCGUUUCGAAUUUGAACACGGAGGAGCUUGGUUUGCUAUUGGUUUUCUUACAAAAGCACUCUACAUUGCCAAGAUACUCAAGCUUGUUGAUGGGGUUGACACGAAAGGUUCUAGAGCUACGGGCCGAAGAUAUUAGAGCCUCGGGUGCCUUGAAAGAUCACAUCAGAAACUUAAAGCGAUCGGUAGACGAAGAGAUUCGGAUACAACAGUCAUUGCUGGAGAUACAAGGUAUCAUUUCACCAUUACUGAGAAUUGCUGGAAGAUGAUGAGAUUCAGUUUUUCAAUUAGUUGUUUGUAAGGUACACUUUUCAGUGUUUUCUUUACAAUUAAGAUCAAGAAAAGGCUCCAAUUUUGUCUCUGUGCCUGUGUUGUUUGAAAAUCUAGUGGUUAAGUAGAUCAUGAAAUAUUUAGUGUUUGAAUUCAUGAAUUUUAGGUACCAAAGAACAGUGUCAAGGUCCUUCAUGUGAAGGUCAUAUGAUAUAACAUUACAUUAAACUCAUCUACUC